AUGGACUGGUUCUACAACCACCCACAGUUAAAACAUAUAUUUCAUUUGAAAAACCCAAAACACAAGUGGACGGGAAUCUGGAUGCUCGUUCUUCAUACAACUAAAACAAAGAAUGAUAAGGAGUUAUGGUUCAUUGUCAAUGGCGUUCCUAUCCGAUACUCCCUCAGAGAAAUGACACUCAUCUCGGGACUACACUGCUAUGCUUAUCCCAACAACUAUGAUAGGAUGGGUGGUUCAAGCUUCAUUGAGAAGCAUUUUGAAUCAUGGAAGAAGAUUAAAUACGAGACUGUGGAGAAGAAGCUGAAGGCAAUGAAAGGGCGUUUCUCUGGGGAGCGUCUGAAGAAGGAUGUCUUGUAUUUCUUAUACACUGUCAUCCUAGGACCCAAAAAGACUGGAUAA